AUGAGUUUCACAAUCCAAGUUAUCCUCACGGUUUACGGCAGCCGUAGAAAGGAUAUCCCAGGUAUGGGGAUAAGGCUCACAGUUUGGUUUACCUAUUUACUCUCGGCUUCACUUGCGAAAAUCAUCAUAGGAAAACUCACUAUAAUACCUGAAAGUGAUCCAGAUGAGCGAAACAUUAGACGUGAACUCAAGGCAUUGUUUGCACCGUUACUUCUCGUUCAAAUUGGAAAUCCGGAUGCCAUAACUGCAUACUCAAUUGAAGACAAUAGACUCGGAUUAAGGCAACUGCUUACCCUUGUUUUACAAGUAGCUGUUGUGAUUUGGAUCAUUGUGAGGAGCUGGACACAUUCUCAUCUCUCUUAUCUUUACCUUCCAUUACUCGUCUCCGGCUUAAUUAAGUAUGGAGAAGUUGUGUGGACUCUCAAGUCAGCUCUUACUAAAACAUCUGGUAUAAUAACCGUUCAAGAGAUCGAUGAUCAAGAAGCAAACAUGCCUGCUUUAUUCAGAUUCCUUCCAGAUGAUAUUCCGAAUAUUGAAUUGAUCUUGAAGGCUUAUUACCGCUUUAUCUCCUUGAAGCCUCAUCGCGAAAACUGGCUAUAUCAGCCUCUGUAUGAUUCUCUACCAUGGAUGUCAAUCGAUGAGUAUUCGCCGGAGGAUAUCUUCCACAUCACAGAUGCAGAACUCAGCUUCAUGUAUGAUGUGUUAUACACGAAAGCGCCUAUAAUCUACACCAAAGCAGGUUGUAUUCUUCGUGUUGUGAGUUUCUCGCAUUUAGUUAUGACUCUAUGUGGAUUUUCAAUCUUAUUCAGAGAAGACUUUUCACGCCAUUGGAAAGCCUGUUUUAUAGUUGGUAUGUUAGGGGGAGCUGUUCUUUUGGAGGCAUACCAGAUUGCGCAAUUACCUUUCUCAGAUUGGGCGAUUGUUCAAAUGAUCAAGCACCAACAUCGUCCAUUUAUGAUUCCAUGCCUACGGAUUCUAGGACCUAGGGCAACCAAUUGGAAAAGGUGGUCAAAUACGUUGGCACAGUUUAACUUGAUGAGCUUUUGCAUCCAUCAUGACAUCCCAUUGAAGUGUGGAAGAAUUCUCAAGUUCCGAGGAAUCGACAUGAUGUUGAAGAAGAACAAGAAUAGGAAGCGUGUACCAUUUCCGAAGGAAUUGAAAGUUCUAAUGGUUGAAGAAAUGAAAGAUAUCGAUAGAGACAGAGGACUAAAGCCAUUCAACCAUAGGGGAGACUGGUCACUUGGAAGGUAUGAUUGUCUCAAUGAUUUGAAAUGGAGUGUUAAAAGAGAUUUUGACAAGAGCAUCACCAUAUGGCACAUUGCAACUGAUAUAUGUUAUUAUUCUGAUUCGGAAACUAAUGCACAAUAUUGCACCAAAAUCCAAAUGGCCAAAUCAUUGUCAGAUUAUAUGAUGUACCUUCUCGCGUUGCGUCCUCAUAUGCUUUCCAUGACAACAACCGGUAUAAUCUUUCGACACGCCUGCGACAAACUCAAAUCCUUGUUGCUACAACAAGAAGAAUCUGUGAAAGAUGAAAAAGAAGCUUGUAGGAUUUUGAGAAUGGAAAGACUUCCACAUUACUCGAAUUCUGAGAGGAAAUCAGAAACUGUUGUCACAUCAAAAUGGCACAUACUAAGGGAUGCUCAAAGACUGGCUAGGAAUUUAAUGGUUAGGGAAAACAGAUGGGAAAUCAUAUGUAGUGUGUGGGUGGAGAUGUUGUGUUAUGCUGCAGCCAAUUGCAAUGUAGAUUAUCAUUCAGAACAAAUAAGAAGAGGUGGAGGUUUGAUAACUCAUGUUUGGAUUUUGUUAGCUCACAAGACAGAUAAAUAUCACAUUAGUGACUAA